CUACAUCCUCCAAUACUUGACAUUCUACAUACCACCCACCCCUAUCCCAGGUCUGUCUUGACAAUGCCCGCCAUCUACCCCGACCUCCUCAACAAAACCGUCCUCAUAACCGGCGGCGCAGACGGCAUCGGCGCCGCAACCGCCUCCCUCUUCACCCAACAAGGCAGCAAAGUCAUCAUCCUCGACAUAGCAGAUGCAGCCGCAGAGCGUACCAUCGCGCACGCUUCCUCGCAACCCCCCCUCCUCCCCACCUACCCCCCAACAACACACACCCCCGUCUACUACCACUGCGACAUAACCGACCUGCCCACCUUGCAAUCCACAGCCUCCGAAAUCCUCACCACCCACGGACCCAUUCACAUCCUCAUCAACAACGCCGCCGCAACGGGCGCCGCCGGCCGCUUCACCACGGAGACAGCCACCUCAGCAGCAUGGGACGCCAGCGUCAACGCCAACCUGCGACACGUCUUCUUCCUCACGCAGGCCGUCAUCCCGGGCAUGAAGUCCCUCGGAGGCGGCUCGAUCGUCAACCUCGGCUCGAUCACCUGGCGCAUCCCCGACGGGAGACAGCCCGUGUACGCGGCUUGCAAAGCGGCCAUUAUGGGUUUAACCCGCGUGCAGAGUAAGGAGUUGGGGGGGCAUGAUAUCAGGGUGAAUAGUGUGAUGCCGGGGGCGAUUGCCACGCGGAGACAGAGGGAGGAGGUGCUGACGGAGGAGUAUCGCGCGGAGGUUAUGAGGGGCCAGAGUUUGCAGAGGGAUUUGGUGCCUGAGGAGGUUGGGAGGGUGGUUUUGUUUUUGGCGAGUGGGGAGGCGAGUGCGGUUACGGGGAGUUCGUAUGUGGUUGAUGGGGGGUGGUGUUCGGAUCCGUGAUUGUAUUUAUUGUGAUCAUUUCACUUUAUUAUUUGACAUUUUUUUUGACUCUACUAUUUUAUUGCAUGAUUUGGUUGGUUUUGUCUUGCUGGGUGUUUUUACUUGUGUUUGUUGUGUUUACGGCAGAUGACACUACAUGGUAGGAAAUGAAGAAGUAGG